GGCGCGAUGUGACUGCUAGACUUUCAUCCUUCACCGCGACGCGCUCGAAAUCGCGUUCAACUGAAGAUGGACCCGCCGCAUUUAUCCGAACAGACCGCAGAAAAGUGCGUCAGCAUCGCUGGAUCCCAGCUGGUGGAAAAUUACACCGUUUACAUUAUAGAAGUUAAAGUUGGAGACCACAGUUGGACCGUCAAACAUCGCUACAGCGACUUUCAUGAUUUGCACGAAAAACUCACUGCGGAGAAGAAGAUUGAUAAACAUCUGUUGCCACCCAAGAAGAUCAUCGGCAAAAAUUCCAAAAGCCUCGUUGAGAAGAGGCAGAAGGAGCUGGAAGUUUAUCUCCAAACUCUGCUGAGCAGAUUCCCAGCUGCGACUCCAAAAGUCUUGUCCAACUUCCUGCAUUUCCACUUAUAUGAAAUCAAUGGAAUUGCGGCUGCCCUUGCAGAAGAGCUGUUUCAUAAGGGUGAGCAGUUGUUAGCUGCAGGUGAGGUGUUUGUCCUGAAACCCCUGCAACUGUACGCCGUCACCCAGCAGCUGAAACUCGCCAAGCCCACCUGUGCCAAUGGAGAUGCCAAAGCUGACCUCGGGCACAUUCUGGACUUUACCUGCCGCCUCAAGUAUCUCAAGAUCCCUGGAUCGAUAAAUACAGUGGAAACGAGUAACAUUGAGGAGCAGAGCCUUCCAUACGACCUGUCCAUCUUUAAAGCACUGCUCCAGAUAGAGAUAAGCGAUUGUGAUGCUGGACAGAUUAAAGGUCUGCCCUCCCUCAAACCCACUCUUGCGACGCUCAGCAUACACCUCUCGGCCAAUAGUAUGAAGGAAAUCUUAGUUCCGGAAGCAUCUGAAUUUGCACAGUGGGAGCCUGAGGGUGUAGAUACAGACUGUCCCGUGACGGCGAUUAUUCCCACAUGGAAGAUGCUCACCACUCUCGAUAUGAGCCGAAACUUCAUAUGCUGCAUUGACGAGUCAGUGAAACUGAUACCUGAAGUUGAAUUCCUUGAUCUAAGCUACAAUGAGGUUUAUCUAGUGGAAAACCUUCAGCAUUUGUACAACUUGGUUCAUCUGGAUCUGUCCUUCAACAAACUCACUGUCCUCGAGAGUGUUCACACUAAACUCGGGAAUAUCAAGACUCUGAAUCUGGCUGGGAAUCAGCUGGAAACGCUCUCCGGCCUCAGUAAACUUUACUCAUUAGUUAACUUGGACUUGAGCGGCAACAAAUUAGCCCAGCUGGAUGAAAUCAAACACAUUGGCACACUUCCCUGUCUGGAAAAACUGAAUCUGGCCAAUAACCCAAUGUGUAUCAUCCCAGACUACAGGACUAAAGUUCUGGCCCAGUUCUGCGACAGGGCCUCUGAGGUGUGUUUGGAUGGCACAAUCACCUCGGAGAAAGAGCUGGACACUGUGGAAGUCCUGAAAGCCAUUCAAAAAGCCAAGGAGGCCAAAGACCGGAUGGCAAACAAUGAUAAAAAGGUGAGUGAGGUGUCGGGGCAGGCCGCGGGUGGGCCGCAGUCAUCCUCUUCAUCUUCUCUGAUCGCACCACCUUCCUCUUCCUCCCCCUCUAUGACCCGUUCCACCUGCACCAGUCAAGAAAUAACUUGUAUGGAAAAAGCUUUUGUUACCAAAGAGAUAUUAACUCCUGUGGAUUCUACACUUACCCAGAGAUGCUAUGAUGUUUACAGCCCGACCUGUGAGAUCAUCUUGCAGGUGCAAACUCAAAUUGAUUCCUCUUUGUCUUCUGGCAUCAGUCCCUGUUGUUGUGAAGAAGAAUGGAAACCUUGGACCGAAAGUCUUUGCAAUCUCAUUCUGCCUCCUUCAUUCCUGUCCUACACAACCACCAACCAAGAGUUCACCAACCGGCUUUCUGCUCUCAUCAGCCAGGCUAAUAGAGAAGAAUCAACACCCAGACGAUGUAGGACCACAUCUCUAGAAAGCACUGAACAAGAUGGCACUCAAUCUGGGGAUGGGUACUUUGAAAUGAGUCUAGAUGAAAGUGAGGAAAUCAUUGGCUCUUUUUCCUCAUCCACUGUUCACGAAAAAGGACCAGAUGAUGCAAAGAAGGAAUCUGCCAAUGUUAAUGUAAAUAUGGUGAUUUGGUCCCUUUGCAUCCAUGUUGGAGAAGAUUUGAGCCGGCGUCCAUCUUGCUUGGUGGCAACGGAUAGCUCGUUUGUGGUUUUCCAUUCACGGUCCGUAGAACCAGGAAGCAGCUUGGAGGAACUAAUGGACAACCUUGAGAUAGACUUGGUUGUGUUGUACACCGAUAUUGAGACCUUUCAGUUUGACGUUCCAGAGGUUUGUGUCUCCUUAAAGGUGAAGUCCAGCAAUACUCAAUGGUGGUUCUUCUCAGAUGCCCAAAGUUUGAAGGACAUCCACUCUCACGUCAGUCCUCAAGUGGACCAAACUAACAAGCAAGUUAUGAACACCUCAGACACUCAAAUGUUCAUCCGACAGUUUCUGAACUCUUGGGACUUUGAGGAGAAUGAAGGCUGCGUGAAAGGCGGACACCUGGUCCAUUUCCUCAAUCUAGAGUCGUUAUCUACCUCCGACAAGAAUGUCGCAAACAACCCACAACUUCCAAAGAGUCCACCCUCUGAUGUUUUUUCUCAAAUCGGCCUAUUCGAAAGAGAUAAGGGCCAAACCUCCAAUCCCAUGAUUCUAUUCUUGACCUCUCGCCACCUCUGCGUUCUUAAGGUUGACUUUGUCGCUCUAGCAGCCCGAGACUCCUUUGAAGAAAACAUUAUGCGUAGCUGCUCCAAAUUAACACGUAUCCCACUCUCUGUCACUCUGCUCAACCCAAAGCACAGGUGCUCAUGUAGGGCCAUCUCGAACUCUUGCAGUUUCCAUCAUGACCAUGUUGUAGAGCUGAUAGCUUGUCAUGAAUGCUUGACCAUGGUUUUCACCCUGUCACAAGACAAGUUGACGUUCCUGAGGGAGUUCAACAAGCUCCGAUCCAAUCUAAAGGAAAUUAAGACCAUCACUAUUCAGCACACUAAGAAAGGCCACUUAAGAGUGAACGGUUGCCCCGCCGCCUCUACAACCACCCAAAGAAUGCCAAACAGUGUUGCUCAGGAAGUCCCAAAGCCCCAUUUGACCCUGUCUCUGCUGUACCCAGCCAAAUCCCUCAUUCAGCAGCUAACGGAGGACAACCAGUGUCCGUCACACCUCUCCCUGUCCUCUUCACUACUUCACCUCUCAUCUCUGAAUGGAGAGCAGCUCGUUCACUUCUUCCAUGACAACAUUGCAGAGAUGGAGAAUGAAGAGCUGAAACACAUUUUGUGGACAUCAGUGCUCUUCUAUAGAUCUCCUGAUGUUGAGACCACCGCAUGUGUCCUGCUGUCAACCAAAACCCUUUAUUUUAUCCUGGACGAUACAGCAUCCACACUCGCUGACCAAUUCAUGAUGUGGACCUGGCAGCCAUCCGAGCACAAGGACACAGAUUUCCUCAUCUCCUUCUGUUUUACACUAAAGCUGAAUGACCUUCAGAGUGUUAAUGUGGGUCUGUUUGACCAGUACUUCAGAGUCAUGGGGCCCUCAGCUGAUCACAUCAUUUCCUGUGUGACCCGUGACUGUUACGGCACACAUCGGUUUCUCCAGCAGCUGAUGAUGGUUUUGUCUCUGCUGGAGAAAGUGCCCUCACCUGAACCUUCUGAGCUGGAUUUCUACUCGCAGUUUGGAAACAAAAGCAAAGGUAAAAUGGAGAACUAUGAACUGGUCCACUCCAGUAAAGUGAAGUUUGUGUACCCAAGCGAAGAAGAGAUCGGAGACCUAAUGUUCAUCGUAGCUGAAAGGAAAACCCCUCAAGCCACAUCCCACUCCUCCAACAUCCUUCUUUAUGUGCUGGUCUUCCAAGUUCAUGUCGUUCCGGGCCAAACCGCCCAAAACCAGAGCCUCCUACAGCCCAAAACUCUCAUACUCACCAGCACUGACGUCUUCCUACUGGACGAAGACCAUAUCAGCUACCCUCUACCUGAGUUUGCAAAAGAACCGCCACAAAGAGACAAGUACCGCCUCAUGGACGCCCGGCGCAUACGUGACCUGGACCGUGUGCUAAUGGGCUACCAGACUUAUCCUCAAGCACUCACGCUGGUAUUUGACGACGUUCCCGGUCCUGAUCUUUUGUGCCAUCUUACUAUGGACCAUUUUGCAGACAGCAACGGGAAGGGCGAUAGGACGCAGGGCAUUGGAGGGGCCGAGGGCGAAGUGCAGUGGUGUAUAUUUGUGCCGGGAGCGGACAGCAGAGAACGGCUUAUAUCGCUUCUGGCUCGCCAAUGGGAGGCGCUGUGUAGCCGAGAACUACCGGUAGAGCUAACGGGAUGAAGUGCGAAUAACUAAACAUGGCGAUGCGGUAAAAACGAAAAGCACUAUUUUCAGCCACGUGUGACAAACAUUUUGUACAAACUUUGUGUUAUUUCAACAAAAUGCAUCAUGGGAAAGCUGUAUUGUAGAAUCCACACUGUAUUUACCCCACAUUAUGAACAUUUGAUAUUGCUACAUUUUUUUAUCGUUUCGACACAAUGCAUCCUGGGAAAGCUGUAUUGUAGAGUCCACGUUUUAUUCAUCCACCUGCUACAAGCAUGUGGUUUGUAUGAAUUUGUUUUUGUAUUGCAUCGUUUCGAUAAAAAGCAUCCUGGGAAAGCUAUAUUGUAGAGUCCACACGAGUGUAAUGUGUAUACAUUUUUUUUUGUCUCAGGCUUCAAAUUUUUUGUUUUUUGCUGCUUUUCAGACAUAUUUAUCUGCUGCUGUGUACAAUCGGCCACUUAUCAUGAAAAUUGAAAUGUUUUGUGCAACAGUGUUAUUAUUUGAAUUUUAAGUAAACAAGUUAUUUUGCGAGGAGUUUUCACGAAGGGAAACAUGCACAGUCUGUCCUAUUUUAACGUGAAUGCUGUUUUAGAAAGUAUUUCCGAAUUGAAUCAGUGAAUUUAUUUGUAAAGAAUUUGACGUUCGUUUUACAAACGGAAAACCACCGAGCACAUGUUUACAGAACGCUUUUAGCUUCAUGAAAUGAUUCACGAUGGUAAUUCAGACUGAACGUGCACUUUUGAAUUUUUAAGAAUUGAUGUGAUCAAAUCAGUUUCCUCAAAUCAGAAUUUGUAUUUAUUCUUUGUUUUAAAAUCCAAAAACUAUGAAAAGAUGUAUCAUUUAUAAAUAUAUAUUUGUUUUUUGCCAUGUUAAAUUUUUUCCUAUUUGAAUUUCUUCACGACAGUAAGGCAAAUUGUCCUCUCAAACUUUCAUUACAAUUUAAAACCAUUAUUUCUUUAACGUUAAAGUACAGUGGCAAGAAAGUAUGUGAACCCUUUAGAAUUAGCUGGUGCAUUAAUUGGUCAUAAAAUAAGAUCUCAUCUUUAUCAAAGUCACAAGUAUAGACAAACACAAUGUGCUGAAGCUAACAACACACAAACAAUUAUAAUAUUUAAUGUCUUUAUUGAACACAUCCCAUUAGACAUUCACAGUGCUGUGGAAAAAGUAAGUGAACCCUUGGAUUUAAUAACUGGUUGAUCCUCCUUUUGGCAGCAAUAACCUCAACCAAACGUUUCCAGUAGCUGCAGAUUAGACCUGCACAACGUUCAGAAGGAAUUUUGGAUCAUUCUUCCUUACAGAACCGCUUCAGUCAUAUUCUUAGGAUGUCUGGUGGAAUUCUUGGGGUUUGGCAAACUUCAGGCGCUCGGCAGUGUUUUUGUUGGAAAGCAGCGGCAUCCUUUGUGGUGUCCUGCCAUGGACAAGCACGCCCGUUUAAUGUUUUCUGUAUAGUUGACUCAUGAACAGAGAUGUUAAUCAGUUCCAAUGAUUCCUUCAAGUCUUUAGCUUUCACUCCAGGGAUUUACCUCAUUCUGCGGUGUGCCAUUUGAGUCAUCUUGGCUGGACGGCCACUUCUAGUGAGAGGACCUAUAGUACUAAAUCCUCUCCCAUUUAUAGACAGUUUGUCUCACUGCGGACAGAUGAAUAUCUAAACUCUUAGAGAUAACUUUGUAACCUUUUCCAUCUUAUGCACAGCAACCAUUCUUGAUCGUAGGUCAUCUGAGAUCUCUUUUUUUGCGAGACAUGGACCACGUCAGCAGAUGCUUCUUUUAUAGCGAACUGUUUGAGUGCUUUUUUUAUAAGUCAAAGUAGCUCUAACCAACACCUCAAAUCUUGUUUCAUUAAUUGGAUGCCAGGUUUGCCAACUUCUGUCUCUAAUUAUAUUUUGUUGACAUCUUUAGUCGAUGGGGUUCACAUUUUUUCCACAGCAUAGUGAAUGUAUUUAUAAAAAAAUUUCUCUCCAAUUUGGAAUGUCUAAUUCCCACUAUUAGUAGGUCCUCGUGGUGGCGCGGUUACUCACCUCAAUCCGGGUGGCGGAGGACAAAUCUCAGUUGCCUCCACUUCUGAGACUGUCAAUCCACGCAUCUGAUCACGUGACUCGUUGUGCACGACACCGCGGAGACUCACAGCAUGUUGAGGCUCAUGCUACUCUCCACGAUCCACACACAACUCACCACACGCCCCAUUGAGAGCGAGAACCACUUAUCGCGACCAUAGGAGGUUACCCCAUGUGACACUCUACCCUCCCUAGCAACCGGGCCAAUUUGGUUGCUUAGGAGACCUGGCUGGAGUCACUCAGCACAUGCUGGAUUCAAACUAGAGACUCUAGGGGUGAUAGUGAGCAUCAAUAUUCGCUGAGAUACCCAGAUCCUCGUGAAUGGGAUGUGUUCAAAAAAGACAUGAAAGAUUAUAGUUAAAAAUAAAAUAAUUAUAACUCAUUUUAUGACCAAUUAAUGCAGAAAACCAGCUAAUUCAAAAGGGUUCACAUAAUUAUUCUUGCCACUGUAUUAAACCUCUUGGCAGUGUUUUGCCACUGAAAUAAUAAUGUUUUAUUUUCUUGACAGAGAAUCUGUGUUUUGUUUGUAUUUUGUGUUUGACAUUACUGGAUAUAAAUUAUUUGAAGAAAUGGCAUUAUUGGGCACUAAAAUAAGAAAUAGUUUAGUGGGUUUUUAAUAUUAAAAUUCAAUAAAUAUAUAGAAUGUGUAUUUUAUUAUUAAUAAUGUACUGUAUAUUAUUCAUACAAUUAAUAUUAAAAUAAAUAUAUUAAUUUAAUGUGCAAAAAAAGCUGAAAAGAUGAGGUUGAAUUUAGCAAAUCUUACAAAUUAAAUCCAAAAAAUCUCCCCAAAGUGUGUCGUGUGACUAACUGAUGACCUAGCUAACCAAACCAAAAAGGCUCUUCUUCUAUUCAAACCUCUGGUUGUUUCUCCAAGAUAUAUCGUCAGCAAUAUUCAAUCCAGCAGUGAAACCUAGUAGUCCGGACCUUUUGUAUAAGCAAAAAAACAACAACAUUUGUUUUUGGAUUGACCUCUGGUCAAUGCACACAAGGACAUACUGGACAUUCGGGUAUUUAAAGGGACAGUUCACUCAAAAAUGGAAAACGAAAAUUCCAUUGUAGUGAUGUUUGUUAAUUAUUAAGUGGCACAAAUCACAGGUAUAUUUAAGAUAACAUAUAAGAAAUUGAAAAAAUGCUGCAAUAAAACAAUGGGAAAUGAUGAUGAUUAUAAACCUGAAAUGAACAUUUAUGUCUGUCGUAACUGUAUCACUCAGCAGACAAAUGCAAUAACAGGAACUCUCAAAGUGAUGACACAGCAGUGCGGUAGAGUUUAUUUUGCUGUAUUGAAAGUCUACUUUCCCAUUUUAAUUAAUGCACAGUUGAGUUUCACCCUCGUUCCCUAAAGCUUUAAAACAAAACGAAUGAAAGUUUCAUACAUUUUUUUUGUUCUCUAAAUCACUUUUAAUUGUUCCAGCAGCCUGAAUGGUUAAGCACUGCACUUGACGACAAGUUUGUGGGUUCAAAUCCCAAAGAGAACACCUAUGGGUUCAUUUUCAAAAUGUGGGAUGGAAAUGUCUGAGAUAUGCAACCAAUGUAAAUGUAAACCAAU